AUGGAGUUAGAAUCUAGUACCGUGAACAUCGACAUCGAAGAGGUGAAUGAGAAAAGUGAAAGAAUGUUAGAUGAAGCCAAGAAAUAUAAUGAAACCUUUAAGUUAGAAACAGAUUCUGCCGGUCAACUUGAACUACAUGUAGGAGAAAUAUUUUACGAGUGUUACUUUUGUGAUUUUAUUACUAAAAAUAAAAACUUGUUUAAUUCUCAUAAAGUUUUUGCACAUCCACGCAAAAACGGUCAAAGGCACAAAAGAAGACAACACAUAGGUUCACAAGAAAAAGACGGUGAAAAAAACGGAGUAGAAGAAAACUGUCGAAACAAAAGAAAGGUGGGAAAUCACCAAACUUUAAGUGAUGAUGAAAAAAAACUAUUACUUCAGUGUGUCAGCAAAUUUCAGUUACAUAAAUAUUAUGAAUCUGUAUACACUAUUAAAGCUGCAAUAAAUGAUAAAUGGACCCAGUUGUCGAAAAUAUUCAAAGUGAAAGGCUAUGAAAGGCCAGCUGAAAAGUUAGCGAAUAAUUACUUGCCUCUUAAAUUUCAGGCAAUGUCGAAUAUAAACAAUUUUUAUAUUCACAGAAGUAGCGUAAGACCCAGAAAACUAGAUUAUAUAUUUGCAUAUUUAUUUCCGAAGUAUUUUGAGAACCUCAGCUUGGAUAUGAACGAAUUGAUGGCUGAUGCUAAAAUACAUUCACUGGAAAUCUUGGGAAGUUUAGCUUCUACCGAAGAUCAAGAAUGCCCUACUACAUUAGAGGAUAUAGCAUCCAUAGGACAUUUAAAUGACGUAGAACCUCUACCAAAUUUAAGAAGACCUCAUUCCGAGGCAGGCGAAGAACCAGCAAAUAAAAUCGCCAAAGUGGUCCAUGAAGACGAAGAUGCUUGGCUCAAAAGAAUGUUGGAUAUAACACGAGGAAGAAACAACUGUGAUGCUACAUCUAAAUCUUUAAUAAGUGAAAAUAAUUCUUCAACAGAUGAUAUAAAUACACUUAAAGCCAAACUUCUGGAUAUAGAAAAUAAAAUGAAGGAGAGGGAUCAUCAGCUUGAACUCAAAAAUUUAGAAAUUUCAUAUUUGAAAGAACUUCAUGCGAAGGACUUAGAAAUAGAAAAAAUGAAAUUUGCAGUGCAGUGUCAAAACGUUGAAAAUAAAAACUAG